CUCUUUCCUUCUCUCUCUAUUUUACUUGUUCGUGUUUCCUUCGAGGGUUAGGGUUUUUUUCCCGAUCCCCAUCUAUAUCUCUUUCUCCUUCUUAUUACCGCCUUUAAAAUCUUCCUAGGUCUUCGAAAGAGAAAAUCACGAAAAUCACUCCUGUCGGAUUCAACAAAUCCGUCUCUUAAACCCUGAAUCUAGGGUUUUUAUCUCUAUAUCAAUCUAGGGUUAGUGUUUUUUUUUUUAGUUUUUUCUUAGAAAGAUGCAACCAGCAACAGGAGCCGCUCAUCCUCCUAUGGCAGCAGCACCAGCUAUGGAUCCACAGCAACAACAACAACAGUGGGCUAUGAUGAUGCCUGCUUAUCAGAAUCAAGUACCACCACCUACUUGGAACCAACAACCACCACCACCUCAAGGUGCUGCUCCUUAUAUGAUGCAACAUCAACAGCCACCACAGCAACAGGCGUAUGCAUCUGGUGCUUCGCAGCCUCAAAGUGCUGAUGAAGUUCGUACUCUUUGGAUUGGGGAUUUACAACAGUGGAUGGAAGAGACUUAUAUUCAUGGUUGCUUCGCUCACACUGGCGAGGUUCUGAAUGUGAAAGUUAUCCGCAACAAGGCUACAGGUCAAUCUGAGAGUUACGGGUUCAUUGAAUUUAAUAGUCAUGCUGCAGCAGAAAGAGUCUUACAGACAUACAAUGGUCAAUUGAUGCCCAAUGUUGAGCAGAACUUCAGGUUGAACUGGGCGUCUUUUGGCUCUGGAGACAAGCGUCAGGAUGACAGUGCUGACUUCACAGUAUUCGUUGGAGAUUUGGCUGCUGAUGUUACAGAUUAUGCGUUGCAAGAGACAUUUAAGGCUCACUAUACCUCUGUUAAGGGUGCAAAAGUUGUUACUGAUAGAACCACUGGACGUUCUAAGGGAUAUGGGUUUGUUAGAUUUGCUGAUGAAGGCGAACAGUUGAGGGCAAUGACUGAAAUGAAUGGUCAAUUUUGUUCAACACGACCCAUGCGUAUUGGGCCUGCUAGUAACAAAAAAACUGUUGGUCUCGGUCAACAACAACAUCCAAAAGCCACUUACCAGAGUACUCCUGGGGGAACUCAGAAUGAGAGUGAUCCAAAUAAUACAACUAUAUUUGUUGGUGGUUUGGACUCUAAUGUCACCGAGGAAAACUUGAGACAAGUUUUUAGCCAAUUUGGAGAGUUAUCCCAUGUGAAAAUACCUGUAGGAAAACGCUGUGGGUUUGUUCAGUUUGAUAAUAGGACUUGUGCAGAGGAGGCUUUGCUGAUGUUGAAUGGAAGUCAAUUGGGUGGUUCAAACAUCCGACUUUCAUGGGGACGCAGUCCUUCAAAUAAACAGGAUCAAUCCGGUGGUAUGGUUCAGCAGCAUGCAGAUCCAAACCAGUGGCCUGCUGCAGCUGGUAAUAUGUACGGAUACAAUGGAGGUUAUGAAGCCUAUGGAUAUGUUUCAGCUGCUCAAGAUCCUAACAUGUAUUCUUACCAAGGCUAUGGUGGUCCUGGAUAUGGUAACUACCAACAGCACCAACAGCAGUGAUCUGAUCAGAUAGCCAGAAUCAAUAUGGUGGCAGAUAAAAGCUAUAUUUUUCGAGUAAAGAAGAGGUCAGGUCUCAGUAGUCUAAUGGGCGUUUCAUGUAUCCUAGUUAGAGCUCUUAUUUGCCCAUUUCCUGCUGCACGAUGAACCGAACUGCUAGCUUAGGGUAGUAAACAUGAAGAGAUUGUUAUUUUCUGGGUUUUUCUUUUUUUCUUUCUGGUUUUAUGUCUGUGCAUGCUUUUAUCUUUCUUGUGGUGAUGCUUGUGAGCUUCAGGUGAUGACACAAUACUAUGUGACGUUAUAUCUGGUUUGAAAAGUCAAGUAUGAACUUUUCUUAAAAAAGACUUUUCUUUUUUUGCUAGGCGAAAAAAAGACAUGUUAUUGA